AGCCCCUCUAAACGGUGCUGCUGGUCUGGUGUGGGUGGCAUGCGGCGCAGAGAUAGCAGCAGCCCUCUCUGUCAUCCCCACAGCCCCUCUAAACGGUGCUGCUGGUCUGGUGUGGGUGGCAUGCGGCGCAGAGAUAGCAGCAGCCCUCUUUGUCAUCCCCACGCGCCCAAUCCCUUCUUUCCGCUUGCUCCUCCCCCCCCCCUCUCUAUCCCACCCCUCUCCCUCCUCUUCCAGAGCCCCUCUAAACGGUGCUGCUGGUCUGGUGUGGGUGGCAUGCGGCACAGAGAUUGCAGCAGCCCUCUCUGUCAUCCCCACGCGCCCAAUCCCUUCUUUCCGCUUUCUCCUCCCCCCCCUCUCUAUCCCACCCCUCUCCCUCCUCUUCCAGAGCCCCUCUAAACAUUGCUGCUGGUCUGGUGUGGGUGGCAUGCGGCGCAGAGAUAGCAGCAGCCCUCUCUGUCAUCCCCACGUGCCCAAUCCCUUCUUUCCGCUUGCUCCUCCCCCCCCCCUCUCUAUCCCACCCCUCUCCCUCCUCUUCCAGAGCCCCUCUAAACGAGCCCCUCUAAACAUUGCUGCUGGUCUGGUGUGGGUGGCAUGCGGCGCAGAGAUAGCAGCAGCCCUCUCUGUCAUCCCCACGUGCCCAAUCCCUUCUUUCCGCUUGCUCCUCCCCCCCCUCUCUAUCCCACUCCUCUCCCUCCUCUUCCAGAGCCCCUCUACACGGUGCUGCUGGUCUGGUGUGGGUGGCAUGCGGCGCAGAGAUAGCAGCAGCCCUCUCUGUCAUCCCCACGUGCCCAAUCCCUUCUUUCCGCUUGCUCCUCCCCCCCCCCUCUCUAUCCCACCCCUCUCCCUCCUCAUCCAGAGCCCCUCUAAAUGGUGCUUCUGGUCGCGUGUGUGGCAUGUGGCGCAGCGUGUAGCGGGCCGGGCUGCAGCGGGGGUUGUGACUCUUAAGCCCCUAUUCAUGCCAUCCGUUGGUUCUUCUCCCACACUCCCCUUCUCCCGCCCCCCGUUUAACUCCCGCCCUCCUCUUCUCUCCUGCCACCCCCUUCUCUCCCGCCCUCCUUUCCUCUACCGCCCUCCCCUUCUCUCCCGCCCUCCCCUUCUCUCCCGCCCUCCCCCUAUCUCCCGCCCUCCCUUACUCUCCCGCCCUCUCGCCAUUCAUUCCACCCCGCCCUCGAUGUUCAUCCAUACCCUUUGGACAACCCUAAACCAUGUCAUGCAUGAUCACGGAUGUCUCAUGCUUCCCCGCAUUGUCAUACAUGCGCGCAAGAGGGAAACAGCGGGUCAGCUCGUGGGGAAACAACAGAGACGGGCUCCCGUUUGCCAACGGCCGGGCUUAUCAAAGGUUAAGAGGACUGACUGGAACGUCUCCAACUCCCACCGGAAGAACAGUGAAUGGAUGGGGGGUUUGCACUGUAAUGUGCGGUGGAUUAUCAAGGACCACUUCACACGCCACACCCCCGUGUACAACACAGACGUGAAGGGCUUCAAGUGGGGCGACCGUGGGCUGUAUGUUCACGAGUCAGGAUUUGAGGCCUUCCGGGGGAAGGCUGAGCUUGAUGCCGAAACGAAGGACCUGAAGGAGGAAGAAAAGGAGGAGGAGGAGGAGGAGGAGGAGGAGGAGGAGGAGGAGGAGGAGGAGGAGGAGGAGGAGGAGGAGGAGGAGGAGGAGGAGGAUGACGAGGAGGAGGACGAGGAGGAGGACGAGGAGGAGGACGAGGAGGAGGAGGAGGAGGAGGAGGAGGAGGAGGAGGAGGAGGAGGAGGAGGAGGAGGAGGAGGAGGAGGAGGAGGAGGACGAGGAGGAGGAGGAGGAGGACGAGGACGAGGACGAGGACGAGGAGGAGGAGGAGGAGGAGGAGGAGGAGGAGGAGGAGGAGGAGGAGGAGGAGGAGGAGGAGGAGGAGGAGGAGGAGGAGGAGGAGGAGGAGGAGGAGGAGGAGGACGAGGAGGACGAGGAGGACGAGGAGGAGGAGGAGGAGGACGAGGAGGAGGACGAGGAGGAGGAGGACGAGGACGAGGACGAGGACGAGGACGAGGACGAGGAACAGUGGGGGCAGGAGCGGAGGAAGAGGAAAAGGCACAAGAGACCUAGGGCAGGCGGGAGGGAUGAGGAAGAGGAUGAGAAACGGGGGGGGACAGCAGGAGAGGCAUCACAUACGUGCGAGGAGAGGCAUUGGUGGAGACAGCAAGGGGGGCAUCAGGGAAGGCACGCGUGGAUAGAGAAAGGGGGACAGCAUUACGGAGGGGAGUGGUGCAAGGGCCGCAGCAGUAUAGGCAUGACCAGAUAG